CAAACGACGCUUUGAUUAUUACAUUCCAACAUUCCGUACAGUUGCAUGAAUGCUUUAUACCUAACUGAAUGUUGAACCUCUCACUUAGUCUAUAUUGGAGCAUCGCUAAGAAAUGAACGCCUCGGCCGUCUUACCCAACAGCAAACAUCUGCUCGAUUUAAGCUUAAAAGAGAAGCAACGUUUUCUAGACUCAUUCGAUUUCGUUUUGACUGAUUGUGAUGGCGUCGUAUGGAAUAUCUACGGCCCAAUUGAGGGGACUGGCCAGGCGAUCAGUCACCUCAAAAAUUACGGCAAGCACGUAGUCUAUGUGUCGAACAACAGUGUUCGGCCCCUAGCCAACUACAAGCAGCAGAUUCAGUCUCUAGGACAGGAAGUUGCAGAAGAGGACAUUGUAAAUCCGGCGCUUAGUGUUGUCAAGUAUUUAAAAUCCAUAAACUUUAGUGGACUAAUUUAUGCGAUUGGGACCGAAGAAUUUGUUAAAGUUAUUCGGGAUGGCGGCUACGAUGUUCUAACAGGGCCCAACGAACCACAGCCCGAAACGCUACGUAAUAUCAUAUCAGUCGUGCAUGAUAAGAAACCCGUAAAAGCGGUGAUAAUAGACUACGAUUACAACUGUAAUAAUAUAAAACUAAUGCGAGCACAACUCUACUUGAAAAGUGAUUCAGACUGUUUGCUGAUUGCCGGUGCUACCGACUACAGUGUGCCAGUAACAUCGGACUUCCAGGUACUGGGACCUGGUUUUUAUGUAGAUAUUCUGGAAAAAAUAGGUAGUAAAAAGGCCAGAGUGCUUGGAAAGCCUGGUCAUCUAUUGGGAACCUUACUGAAAGAGCAGUAUAAAAUAAAUAGCUCCCAGCGGGGUCUGUUCAUUGGUGAUAUGAUCGCUCAAGAUGUCGCGUUUGGAAAAGUCGCUGGCUUUCAAACACUGUUGGUUUUGACCGGUGGUACUAAGCUGGCUGAUUUUCAAGCACUGGGAAACGACGACGUUCGUCCAGAUUAUUAUACCGGCAGCUUUGCUGAUUUGGGUCAAAUAGUACAAGAGGUUGUAGCUCUUGAGAAUAAAGCCAACUUGUGAGUGUUCGCCUAAUAGUAAUUAAGAACCUAGCCCACAUGGUUCGUGGUUUUACUGUUUUGCGUUUCAUUUUACAACAAUUGAAUACUAGUCAAAGAUAGAGGAAUUUUAUUCUUUAAAAGAAGGUGUUCAUAAUUUCAUGACACCGACACAGCAGUAACAGAAUAAAAUUUGAAAUAAAUUUUACUGCUGCAUAGUAUAUUAACUAAAAACGGUUCCUGGUAAUACUAAUCUUAUAUUUAAAAUUCGUGUUAAAAAGUCCACUUCUAACAGGAACGGAAUUUUUUUUAUUAAUUAAUUUUAUGCGAUUUACGGAAAACUGAAUAUCAAAUUUCAAAACUGAACGCAGGGUGUCGAAAAACGGUAAUAAAAUAUAUAACAUACAUUCGAUAUUGCGUUACUUUAUGCAAAGUACUGUUUAACUUGAUUUAACUUUCAUAAUCAUACUUUUUUUUCCGGAAUUAGUAUAUAAACAAUGAAUGCCAUUUCCAGUAUAUCAUUUUAGUUUUCUAAUUAAAUUUUUUCUUGCAUAAUGGCGAUAUCAUUCAAAUUAUUUCAUACCUAAGAAACCGAAACCAUAUCUUAUGGCCAAUUCGUCGUGCAUUUGCAGACUAUAAACAAAUCGCAAGGAAUCAAUCAAAUUGGCAUGUUUAAAAAUAUUCAAUUAAAUACCAAAAUAGGCGGGAUGAAGUUUGCCGGUGGAAAAAAAUUCAGGUGUUUCGAACACAUAUGUAUAAAGGUACGAUUAAUAACAGCUACCGGAAAAAUACCGUGGAAUGGGGUGAAAUUGAUCAUUGGGAUGAAAUUGAUCACCAGAAAAUUCAUGAUAAAAAAAUACUAAUCAAGAGAUAUUGCUCUUACAACACUAGGCAAUGUUAACGUGUCCUUAAACGCAACUUUUGCAUGGUUCACAAUUGCUGAUAAAAGUCAUUUUCCCCAGCAAAAUUCUUCGAAAAUUACAGCCAAUCAUUUCCAAUUUUCACUUCCAAUGAUCGCAGCACUCUUUCAGAUACACUAGAUUUUCGUCCUAGUAACGUGCUGUUAUACUCAGAUGAAAUAGAUCGCGCGCACAUAGGAGUAAAUCAAGUAAAAACCUGAUCAAAAGUCAAAAAAGCAAAAGCUUAUCAACCAUGUUCUGCAAAGUCUCAUUUUGAAGUGAGAUGCCUACUGAAUCUUUUGACAGCUCAUGAGCAUCCAGAAGUAUUGUUGACCUUUGUUACAGCUGGUUGAAAUCGAUAAAAUUUUAGCUUUCUGUUAUUGCAUUUGAUGCUUCCGUACCGUUCACUUAUUUUCAAAACAAUCAAGUGCAACGUAGUGAUUUAUCAUCAAACCAACUAUGAAGAUUGUCAAAGAAGGCUAGCUCAAUCAAUCUAUAAACUUAAAAGACUUAUAAAUAGUCUCGAUAUUGCCAGGGAACAUUCUAAUAAACACAAAAAUUCUGUAAGUGAGAUUUUUUAUAUGUCAUAUUAUAUGAAGUACGUUAAGUAUCAAUGAGUUUCAAUGUGAACAGUCAAUCGCAAAUCAAAGCCUGUAUGUUUCUAGUCAAACUGGUGGUUUCAGAUCAUCCGAACCAAUCCGAACUCAUGAGUUGCAUCAUUGUGAAAAUCAUCGAAAAAUUUCACCUUUUCAGCUUCCGUGUUGUUGUCUUAGUUUCAAGAAUAUACCUCUGUCAUGUAAUGGAUGAGUGUUCUGAGACAUUCUCAACAGGUUGCUAUUGAAUUCCGAUCCUUUGAUUACGAGCUUUAGGUCAAAAUCCAAGAAAAACAGUCAAGCUUUUUCGCCCGAAGCAAUGCAAAUUUUAAGAGUGAAACGUUCGAACACGGACAAUGGUAAUAAUU